UAGGGAUUCUCCUGGCUGGGCCGGGUGACAGAGGCUGGGGGCUCCGGGAGCAGCGACGGUGGCCGAUCAGCCGCGUGACCCGCCGCAGUCACGCCGUGCUUAAUCACAAUUAGCUUGUGCUCCAGGCUGGUCGCGUUCACCGUUCUCCCAGGCGUUGAUCCCGGGGAUUUCUUUUAUGGUGGCUUCCUCUGACAUGCCAAAGCUACCCGGUUAUUCAGAAUUGAGUGACUCUUUAACGCUUGCCGUGGGAACAGGAAGAUUCUCGGGACCAUUGCACAGAGCAUGGAGAAUGAUGAAUUUCCGUCAGCGGAUGGGAUGGAUUGGAGUGGGAUUGUAUCUGUUAGCAAGUGCAGCAGCAUUUUACUACGUUUUUGAAAUCAAUGAGACUUACAACAGGCUGGCCUUGGAACACAUUCAGCAGCACCCAGAUGAGCCCCUUGAAGGAACUACAUGGACACACUCCUUGAAAGCUCGGUUGCUCUCCCUGCCAUUUUGGUUUUGGACAGUUAUUUUUCUGAUACCUUACUUACAGAUGUUUUUGUUCCUAUAUUCUUGUACAAGAGCUGACCCCAAAACGGUGGGCUACUGUAUUAUCCCUAUAUGCCUGGCAGUUAUUUGCAAUCGCCACCAGGCAUUUGUCAAGGCUUCUAAUCAGAUCAGCAGACUACAACUGAUUGACACAUGAAAUCAGUCUCCAUUUUUUCCUUUUGAUUACAAAACUGCCAGUACUAUAUGGAACCUGGUCACAAGACUGCAGUGUUUUCACAGAUCUCAGGAAGUUGUGGUGGGGCAGAGGCUUUUUAAAAAAUGUGACUAGGGGGCUAUCUUUAUUUGAAUAAUAAUGAAUUUUUAGGUAAAGCCUGAGAUACAAUACUACAAAAUCAUGUUGAUGACUUCAGAUUUUGGAAGUAAAAUCGUGUCUGUUAUUUUUAUUUUACUGUGAAACGUAAUGAUGGUUCAGAAAUUUUUUCUUUUGGGGGAAAAAUGAAUAUGAACAUUUCCAUUGUGUUUAACACAUAAGAAGGUCCAAACAUGGUCAUAAAAUUUAAAUUUUAUACAAUUACUUGGCUUGCUUUAAAUUCUUCAAACUAAAACACGAGUUCAUCCUUUUAUGAGUAAGCCAACUAUUUAUGCUUAUGAGAAAUUGGUAUAAAAUUAUUGAGGUGAUUGCUCUCUUGACACGCAGAAUUUUUUCCUCCUUUUGGUAAUGCUACUGGUGUUAUUAAUUAACUACCAUUAUUAAUGAUACUGAUUAAAAAAAAAACUUGGGAAGAGACUAAAUGUUCGAAUGUUGAGAAAUCGUUAACUUAUACAUAGAAUGUGGAAACAAGGUGUUCAAUGAGAAUAUUUGGUCCAGUGCCUGUCAGAUGUGUGACAGCUCUAAAAGAUGCUGUCAAGUCAUCAUCCCAAUAUUCUUUUAUAGCCUAAGGGCUGGUCUUCAGACGAUAGGCUAGUUGCAUGAAGAUGUGAUCCUUGUACUUCCUCCUGUGCAUUUGUACUUACUACCUCA